AGGGGCGGGGCUGCCUAAAAUACACUGCCUGUAAAACAUGUUUGUACUUAACUUAUCACAUCUGCCAAUUGAAUCUGAAUUGAUAAAGAGAAUAUCGUCGAUGCUGCUGCUUCUUUCCCAUCAGUGUUUUGGUUGAAGGUUAUUAAAGCUGCUCAGGAAGUGUGAACGCAAACACACAGCUGCUACGAAAUACCUCCAGGAAAUAUAAUAAAAAGACUGCAACGUGAUGUGGACUAGUGUCCGGAUGAGCUGUGACAUUUCAGAAGGAGAGACGGCCGUCUGCAUGUUUGUAUAACCCCCCCGUCCUGACAGUCCGUUGUCUCUGCGGUCGAGUCCCCUCUGAUUCCCGCUCGGCUCACCGCUCGCUGGGAAAACAAGCGGUGACUUUAUUACGGCGGACAGAUCUCAGUGAGCAGGUUCAGACGGAGAACAGCAGCACGUAUGUAGCAAUACAAAGAUCAUAAACUCCCUCUGACUCUUUUAGAUUUAUGUUCUGGAAAUGGAUCAAAUGUAGGACUUAUUUGAUAAGAUAAUGUCUCAUUUUUAUAUUUAAACAUAACAUUAACAGAAAACUUUUAAUACAAAACAUACUGGUCUUCAUGUGUGUAACAAACUGGUGAUAUCUAGUUUAUUUCUGUGUCAGUUGUACGUUCAUGAGGUUGGGUCUGACUUAGCGCCACAUUAACUGCUAAAGACGCAGAAUGGACUAAUAGGAUGAGACGACUGUGUGUGCAGGUGCUCAUGGGAGUUGUAGGAUCGCAAUGUAAUGUUGAGAAGUCACCAAUACUUUAUAUUUAUAUAUCAAUGCUUCAUCCUAACUCUUCAUCCUUCUCUUGCAGUGGUCUUCAUCGGUGGCAGCGGUCUGUACAAGAGGAAUCCUCCACAGGGAAACAUCCUGCUGGAAGUCUGCAACUGCAUCGGGUUUGCCAUCAAAAACCGCUGGAAGAGAUCGAAGUAUGACUCCAAGAGGAAGCACUGGUUGGACUGGGCUGAGGAGAAGUACUCGAAGCGUCUGAUCCAGGAGAUUAAGAUGGUGCUGAAGGUUCUGGUGCUGUACAUCCCGCUGCCGAUGUUCUGGGCUCUGUUUGAUCAGCAGGGUUCCCGCUGGACGCUCCAGGCCACCAGGAUGAACAUGGCUUUUGGAGAUGCUUUCGUUAUUAAGCCUGACCAGAUGCAGAUGCUGAACGCUCUGCUGAUUCUCCUCCUCAUUCCCGUCUUUGACCUCGUCAUUUAUCCGCUCGUUGGCUUCUGCAGAAUCAACAUCACGCCUCUGAGGAAAAUGGCCACAGGAAUGAUUUUUGCAUCGCUGGCCUUCAUAGCGGCUACGCUGGUGGAGGUGCACGUCGUGGUGCGUAUAAGAGCAGCCGCCAUGACUCCUUCCUGUUGUUACACACAUACACACACACAGAGGUUCACCUGUAAGCAAGCACACCUGCACAGAACACAAGAAACACACCUACACAGAACACAAGAUACACACCU